CUACUUUUUGGCUACAUAGAACGUGAAGGAAAACAAUAUACAAAUGCCUGGUUGGCUACAUUUUGGCUACAUAGAACGUGAAGGAAAACAAUGUACAAAUGCCUGGUUGGCUACUUUUUGGCUACAUAGAACGUGAAGGAAAACAAUGUACAAAUGCCUGGUUGGCUACUUUUUGGCUACAUAGAACGUGAAGGAAAACAAUGUACAAAUGCCUGGUUGGCUACAUUUUGGCUACAUAGAACGUGAAGGAAAACAAUGUACAAAUGCCUGGUUGGCUACAUUUUGGCUACAUAGAACGUGAAGGAAAACAUGUACAUAUGCCUGGUUGGCUACAUUUUGGCUACAUAGAACGUGAAGGAAAACAAUGUACAAAUGCCUGGUUUGCUAUAUUUUGGCUACUUGAGCUAAACAUUUGGCUACACGCAGCUUGUGCCAUCUGGCAACCCUGCGCGACACGCGCCGAUAUCCCUCACGCGUUCCGUGUUCUGAUCGGUUGCGCUGCUGGGCGGGAAGCUGAAAAUGGUUUCGCGCACUUCUGCCGGUCUUGGCCUCACGAGUAUUGAACUGUCAUGGCAUCAGGGACUGGAUCUUCGUUAUUGAAGCGUGUGUCGUUGUUCUCUGUUGAUAACAACUCAAGUGCAUUUAAAACGAGCGCGGUGAGGAGUUACUUUAGCACCUUGUUUCGCAAGACGGUGACAGGAAGCGGAAGAUUGGCUCUGAUUUCUUCUGCGAUGAGUGCCUGACAAACGCAAAGGAGAAGGAUGGAGAUAAGCCCUUCGAUAAACGCAAGAAAAAGUGCUGAUAUGCUCCAUAUUCAGGACAAGCCCAGAGGCAAUUGUGAACAAGAAUACUCAGGUUGCACUUCUUCAAAUGCACAGUUCAAGAUCAGCACAACAACAGUUGAACUGCAGCCCGACAGCACUACACUAGUCACUAUGAAUGAUCGACACGCUGAGCAACAUAGAGACCAGAGCAAGCCAUGUGCAAAUGCAUGCAUGUGGAAAGCCAGCCUCGAAUGCCACAUGUUUGCACACUGUCACAAUGAGUCUGACAAGUGUCCCACAACUCCUUCAAUGAAUGUUCAGAUGGGAGAGGAGGGUUCUGGGUGCAACAUUUGUCCCUCUGCAUUCUCGUGGUCUGGAAGUGACGAGAACCACGUGGUGAAGUGUACUGACGACAGGUCAUACAAGAGCGAUGUCUGCCCUGCAGAGUUCAACAUGAGCGGGAACAUACAGCAGCACAAGCGGACACACACGGGCGAGAAGCCAUACGAGUGCGAUGUCUGCCCUGCAGAGUUCAGCCACAACGGGCACCUACAGCGUCACAAGCGGAUACACACAGGCGAGAAGCCAUACAAGUGCGGUGUCUGCCAUGCAGAGUUCAGCCAGAGUGGGAACCUACAGCAGCACAAGCGGACACACACGGGCGAGAAGCCAUACAAGUGCGAUGUCUGCCCUGCAGAGUUCAGCCACAACGGGCACCUACAGCGUCACAAGCGGACACACGCAGGUGAGAAGCCAUACAAGUGCGAUGUCUGCCACGCAGAGUUCAGCCGCAGCGGGCACCUAAAGCAGCACAAGCGGAGACACACUGGCGAGAGGCCAUACAAGUGUGAUGUCUGCCCUGCAGAGUUCAGCCACAACGGGCACCUACAGCAGCACAAGCGGAUACACACAGGCGAGAAGCCAUACAAGUGCGGUGUCUGCCAUGCAGAGUUCAGCCAGAGUGGGAACCUACAGCAGCACAAGCGGACACACACGGGCGAGAAGCCAUACAAGUGCGAUGUCUGCCCUGCAGAGUUCAGCCACAACGGGCACCUACAGCGUCACAAGCGGACACACGCAGGUGAGAAGCCAUACAAGUGCGAUGUCUGCCACGCAGAGUUCAGCCGCAGCGGGCACCUAAAGCAGCACAAGCGGAGACACACUGGCGAGAGGCCAUACAAGUGUGAUGUCUGCCCUGCAGAGUUCAGCCACAACGGGCACCUACAGCAGCACAAGCGGAUACACACAGGCGAGAAGCCAUAUAAGUGCGGUGUCUGCCAUGCAGAGUUCAGCCAGAGUGGGAACCUACAGCAGCACAAGCGGAGACACACGGGCGAGAAGCCAUACAAGUGCGAUGUCUGCCCUGCAGAGUUCAGCCACAACGGGCACCUACAGCGUCACAAGCGGACACACGCAGGUGAGAAGCCAUACAAGUGCGAUGUCUGCCACGCAGAGUUCAGCCGCUGCGGGUACCUAAAGCAGCACACGCGGAGACACACGGGCGAGAAGCCAUAGAAGAGCGAUGUCUGCCCUGCAGAGUUCAGCCACAACUGGCACCUACAGCAGCACAAGCGGAUGCACACAUGCGAGAAGCCAUACAAGUGCGGUGUCUGCCAUACAGAGUUCAGCCGGAUCAGGAUCCUAGAACAGCACAAACGGAUACACACGGGCGAGAAGCCAUACAAGUGCCGUCUCUGUCCUGCAGUGUUCAGACAGAGCGGAACCUUUUCAUGUCACAAGCGAACACACACGGGUGAGCAGCCAUAAAAUUGCAACCUCUGUCCUGCAGUGUUCAUCCACAACGCGAACUUGCGGUGUGGAACAUGUGCAGUCUCUGUCCUGCACAAUAUCACAAGCAGACACCCUGAGGUGAGAAGCCAUUGAAGAUAAUUGUCUGUUCUGCAGGCCUGAGGCAUGGCACAAAUCCUUCAGUGUAACAAGAAGACCUACAUGGAUGUGAAGCCAUACAAAUACUCUUCCCCUUAUGCAAAGUAGUAGAAAAACUUUUUCAGCCAAUGGGGAGGAGGACAUCAUUCUAGAGUCUCGUUGACCUACAAUGUGCCGUGUGUGAAGGUCAUUUUGAACAGUGUAGCUGGUACAAGACUGUGUUCGCACAUUCUUGGCAGUGUUGACUAAUAACCAUAAAAAAGUAGAGAGUACAUUUGUUGCUUCAUAUAUUUGUGUCAUGGCAAAGUAUGUAGAGAUACAUCUGUCUCAACAUGCAGGUGCCAGAACUGCUUUUUGUGCCUAAAAUAUGACAAAUAGUUGUCUGUUCAACACCACUAAUCAUGUGCCGGCCUCCAUGACAUGUCUGGGACAUUCCAAAGUGAUUAACAUGUCCCAUAGGUGUGUGCAAUGCUGAAGAUGACUGUGUACGUUCUAUGAAUUCUUGUUUCAAGAAAAGUACUGUGUGAUUUGGUAACAGCGCCUGGCUGUACCUUCAUAAUUCUACCUAAAAAUAUAUGAAGUUUCCGGAAGGAACCAUCAUGAAGGUUCAUAGCGAAAAACCCUGAGACGAGGGAUAGGAAGGGACAUACACAGUGUCUCAACAUAGUGUGUGGAUGUCCCUUCUUGUAUCUCCUCUUCAGGUCUCGCCAUCAUGGACACUAUCACCAGCUCGCUUACUGUUGAACCGUUCUUUCAACGAUAAAGGUCACUUUCAUGAACUGGAUGGCAGCCAACAUGCUGUCAAUAAAAAGAAUAAUGGAAGGAGCUCAAUAUAAUCCUUAGGCUGUGUGUGGUCAUUGCUUUCUGACAAAUGGUGACUUAGAAUUUCAGGACAGUGCCUGCAGUGGUACUAUUCUUGUGUUCUCACCCUUGACGCCGAUUGUGUGUCAUCGGUCACCUGUAAUCUGGUAACAUGCACAUAGCUAAAACGAAGUAUAUUUGUAUUUCUUUGAAUACAAUUGGUACAGCACAUUGUUUUUUACAUGUUCUUUGGAAAAUAUAAAUAAAUUCUCUACUCUGCAAGUCUCCUGUCAGCUGUACAGAGCAGCUCCGAAUUUCACUAGAAGCUAUGUGUGAAAGCUAGACCAAACUAGUGUU